CACAGAGUCACCUUAAGUUCCUCCAGCAGCAUUUAAAGGAUUCUGAUUCCCCGGCUGCGCAUCGCCGAACAUGCCUUUGCGACCGCUGACGCUCGUCCUCAACUCGAACAACUCGCAGAAGGCGACGGUCCUACUCCCCGCGGACGUCCCCGAUGCGCAUGCAUGGAUCCUGAAAGAGGCCCGAAACAAACUCCGGAUCCGAUCGCUCAAGCGCGUGUUCCUACGCGGCGGCGCUGAGCUACAACCGGGCGCGGCGCUCGAUCCGGACUCGGACGCGUCCGAGGUGUGGGUGUCCAAGGGCGAAGAGUAUAUUGGGCCCGCACCAAAGCAAGGCGGAAGUGUGCCAGGCGAAGCCAAAGACGUGGUGAGGGUCAUCGCGCAGGAGAGCUACGUCGACCCCGAGGCCGUCACGCAACUGAAGGCGGUGGCCGCCUUGCCUGGCGUACGAUUGGCAGCAGGAAUGCCCGAUCUGCACCCCGGGAACCGGUUCCCCAUCGGAUGCGCCAUCGUCGCAGAGGGCAUAUACCCUGCCCUCAUAGGCAGCGAUGUCGGCUGCGGCAUCGCUCUCUACCACCUCGCGGCCAUCCCCGCGCGACUCGACCCGCCCAAGCUCGCCGCGCAGCUGCGCGGGCUAGACGACCCAUGGGACGGCGACGUCGCCGUCUGGCUCGCGCGAUAUGGCAUUGCGCGCGCGUCCGAGUUCGACCGAACCGCGCUGGGAACCGUCGGCGCGGGCAACCACUUUGCGGAGGUCUGCAGGCUCGAGAAGGCCCUGGACGGGGAAGCGUGCGACUUACUUGGGCUGGACGGGACGCAUCUGUACUUGAUGGUGCAUUCUGGGUCGAGAGGGCUCGGCGCGUCGAUCCUGGAAAAGCAGACGCGCACGUCGGCCAACCCGUACAUCCCGCCGGACUCGCCUGAGUUACCCGCGUACGUCGCCGAGCACGACUACGCCGUCGCGUGGGCAGUCGCGAACAGGGAUCUCAUCGCGCACCGAAUUUCCCGGUGUCUCUUCCCCGGCGACGGCGGCGACGACGAUCAACCUGAUAGCGACAGAUUGACGCUGCGCAAGAUCGUCGACAUAACGCACAACUCGGUCGUGCGCGUAGACGGUACCGCGCCGGUGCUCGGGGAUCUGUCUCAGGCGGCGCCGGGCGAGGAGCGCAAUAGGGAUGUGUGGAUACAUCGCAAAGGUGCCGCGCCGGCCGACCGCGGAGUCGCACCCUGCCCCGGGAGCAGAGGCGACUUCAGCUGGCUUCUCAUGCCGACCGGCGACGGGGCGAACAACGCACAUUCGCUAGCGCAUGGCGCAGGACGGAUGUACCCGCGCGCGGCGAUGCACAAGUACAAGGAUCAGAAGGGCGGAAAGGCCGAGCGCGAGGCGCUGGCGAGUACCGCGCUGGGCUCGGAGGUCGUGUGUGCAGACCCGGCGCUGCUCGUCGAGGAGCGGCCGGAGGCGUACAAGAGCUGCGAGGGAGUGGUUCGCGACUUGGAGCUCGCCGGCGCGGCAAGAGGGGUGGCGGUACUCAGGCCCGUGGUCACGUACAAGAUUCGCGAGGGCGCGAGGAGGAAGGCUUGAAGAAGGAUGUCUGGUCGGGAUCAGAGUGCAUCAUGCCGUGGAGGUGUGGAUCUCCGCGAUUCCGAGGGGUGUCUCAGGAACGAUGACAUGCGCGACGGCUGCGGAGAAUGUCUCAAUGCGAUCGAUCUCGCCGACGACGGAACGUGAAGUGCGAGGAGGAGCACUGUGUUGAAAUAUGAAAGAAGGGGCGGUCAAAAUCGGUGUUUCGAUGGUUCAAAAUCGGGAUGAAUGGUCGGGGAUCGCGGCCAGGAGGAGCGAGCUAUGGUGCUGGGGUGGGAUGCUGAGGAAGGUUCUCGUUCUGGGCGACGCUCGAUGAAGGAUGGCGGACGGCGAGAUAAAGAACCGUCGCGGUCGUGGGCUGCAAGGGCUCGAGCUGUUGUUGGGCGUCGCCCUGGUGAGAGUUCCAGCGCCGGGUUUGGAUCUCAUGCAUACGGCGUUGGUGCGGUGUGUUGCCCCGUCUUGACGCGAGUGUAGCUUACCGGAGGACAUAUGGGCUGCAAUGGGAUGGCAUGGUGGGUGUGCCGUGUCACCCCCCGGAUGGUUUUGUGAUGGAACGGAGAAGUGUAAAGUCUCUAUAGCACGGCUGCGGCGAAAUCCCGGUGGCAGCGACUCUAUAUGCUCAACGACUCAUCGUCUUCGUAUGCCAGCGCCGCAAUAUAAUUUGGAUCCGUUCUUACUCGGAUGAG